AUGACCUGCUCGCAACAACUGUCUCCAACGUCAUACGGAGCCCCGAUGAGUAGGUCGUUAGGUGGAGCACAAACGAAUGCGCUAUUAGGCAGCCCGAUGCUUCAACGUCUGUCGUCAUUGCCUAGCUAUGGUAGUACUGGUGAAUCAACAGCUGGCAGUAGCAGUUCUGCUGAUAGCGGUUCGGAAUCACCAAACGGUAGCUUUUCGCCGGGACUCGAUCUAGACGAUGCUGGUUCGUUCGGCACAGGGUUUAUGGCACCGCUUCCGGCUAAUCAACGAAGCAUGGCUGAGCAGUUGCCUAACUCGAUGAAUUACGACUUGAGUCGGUAA